AUGGGCGAGUCGGCCUACAGCUUCUCGCUCACCACCUUCUCGCCCUCUGGGAAGCUUGUGCAGGCGUGCCGCGACUCCACAGCGCCCGGUUGGACGCGCUCGCCGCCCAGGCCCGCCGCUGCACGGAACCCACCAGCCUUGCCCGCUGCUCGUCGCCUGCAGAUUGAGUAUGCGCUGAACGCCGUCGCCACCGGCGCCACCUCGCUCGGCGUGAAGGCCAAGAACGGGGUGGUGAUCGCGACGGAGAAGAAGCUGCCCACCUGCCUGAUCGACGAGACGAGCGUCGAGAAGAUUGUCAUGCUCACCGAGAACAUCGCAAUCGUCUACUCAGGGAUCGGACCUGACUUCCGCGUGCUGUACAAGAAGGGGCGCAAGGCUGCGCAGGCGCGCCCACCGCCACACGCCGAGACGACCUCUCGGAGCCCUUGUCCGUGGGUGCGCGAGCUCGCCUCCGUGAUGCAGGAGUUCACGCAGCAGGGCGGAGUCCGCCCCUUCGGAGUCUCGCUCCUCCUCGCCGGAUUCGACCACGUUGGGCCGCAGCUCUUCCAGAUCGACCCGUCGGGCUCGUACUUUGCGUGGAAGGCGUCUGCCAUCGGCAAGCACAUGGUCAACGCAAAGACCUUCCUUGAGAAGCGGUACAACGACGAGCUCGAGCUCGAGGACGCCGUCCACACCGCGCUGCUCACGCUCAAGGAGGGCUUCGAAGGCGCGAUGGACCACACGAACAUCGAGGCGCGCCGCCCAGCUCCCGCCCUCGCCCCCGGCUCCUCGCCACACCCCAACCUCUUGAGCUCUCCUCCUCUCGCGCCGCCAAAGGUUGGCAUCGUCGGGCCGGACCAAAAGUUCAAGGUGCUCACCCCGGCAGAGAUCCAGGACUACUUGGGCGAAGUGGAGUGA